AUGUCGCUGCAAAAGGUCUGUCGCAUAUCUGUGCUUGUCACGAAGCGAACCGGCAUCACCGACGAAGAAUUUCAUAGUUAUUGGGCAAAUGGCCAUGGGCCCCUCGUCGCGCCAAUGCUCAUCAAGUAUGGCAUUCUCAAGUACACACAGUACCAUAUGACGCCCGAAUACAAAGCCAAGGGCGCGGCCAUUGGCAUGCCAUCGCCUUACGACGGCAUUGCCGAAUUCCUGGUGAACAAAUAUGAGGAUAUGUCCGAUUUCUUCAGCGACCCAGAAUACAUGGUGAAGAUCCGUCCGGAUGAGGCCAAAUUCGUCGACAUUGACAAGAUCGUGUUCAAUGUCGGCGUGGACUACGUGCAGAUCAACGACAACAAGUUUGUUGAGCACGAAGGCCCCAGUUCCUUCUAA